CUCAAGCUUUUUUUUUGAAUGAUUGAAUUGUUUACCUUUAAUUUAAUUUUCGCUUAUUAAUUGGAUAUUUUUUUGGUUUUCUUCUAAUUAGAUUUUAUUGUUUAACGAGAUAGUUAAAGUUAACGAUGAAUCGACGAGGAGGUUUCAACUCUUUCCAGUUUCGGUCAACAUUUCAUUCAUCUUGUUCGGAUUCUGGUUCUUCUCAUCGUCCAACCUCAUCUUCAUCAUCAACUGAUUAUUCACAAGUUUGUCCACCUUCAAAUAUUAAUAAACCAACAGGUUAUAGUUUAGAUGAUGAAAGAGGAGAUCCUAAAUCAUAUGGUAAAGAAAAAAGGAAACAAACUCGCAUGUUUGAAGAGGAUGAAGAAAGUUAUUGGGAUCAAGAUGAUGAUGACAAUGGUAAACAAGAAAUCAGUGAUUGUGAUGGUGAUUCAAGAAAAUAUGAUGAAGAUAAUAAAAAACGUGACAAUGAGGAUGAUGAAGAUGAAGAAGAGGAUCCAUUAGAUGCUUUCAUGGCCGGUAUUGAGAAGCAAGUUAAUGUUGAUUCCAAAAAGAAGGAGGAAAAAUCAAAUGUCAGGUUAGACAUUGAAGAGGAAGAUGUCCAAGAAUCUUAUUACCGAUACAUGGAGGAAAAUCCUCGCGCUGGAUUGGAUGUUAACUUUGAUGAUGAUGACGAUGAAAUUGUGGAAUAUGAUGAACAAGGAAAUCCAAUUGUCAAUAGACAAAAGUUACGAUAUAUUGAUCCAUUACCAGCAUGUGAACACAGUAAAAUCAACUAUAAACCAUUUGAGAGAAAUUUUUACCAUGAACAUGAUGAAAUUCAAGCUUUAGAUGAAGAGAAGACUAAACAAUUACGAACAACCCUUGGUAUCACCGUUAGUGGUGCCAAUGCUCCUAAACCUUGUAUCUCUUUUGCUCACUUUGGUUUUGACGAGCAAUUAACUAAAGCGGUAAUUAAGGCGGGUUAUCAUCAACCUACUCCCAUUCAGUGUCAAGCAAUUCCAAUCGCUUUAUCAGGUCGAGAUGUACUUGGAGUUGCUAAAACUGGAAGCGGUAAAACUGCUGCUUAUUUAUGGCCAAUGCUUGUUCACAUUAUGGAUCAACGGGAAUUAAGACCAGGCGAAGGUCCAAUUGGCCUAAUUUUAGCACCAACACGAGAAUUAUCACAACAAAUUCACACGGAGGCCAAAAAGUUUGCCAAAGUUUAUGGUUUAAGGGUCGCAUGUUGCUUUGGUGGUGGAUCAAAGUGGGAACAAUCAAAUGAACUAUCAGCCGGAGCAGAAAUUGUUGUCGCAACACCGGGUCGUAUGAUUGACAUGGUUAAAUGUAAGGCCACUAAUUUGGAAAGAGUAACAAUGUUGGUUCUCGAUGAAGCUGAUAGGAUGUUCGAUAUGGGAUUUGGUAUUCAAAUUCGUUCCCUUUGUGAUCAUACUCGACACGAUCGUCAAACUUUACUUUUCUCCGCUACUUUUAAGAGGAAAGUUGAACGAUUAGCUCGACAUGCACUUACCGAUCCAAUUAAAGUGGUCCAAGGUGAACUUGGAGUUGCCAAUGAAGAUGUAACUCAAUCCGUUUUAGUAAUGACGGAAGGACCAAGUAAAUGGCUUUGGUUAACUGAUAAUCUAGUGAAAUUUACCUCAUCAGGAUCCGUUUUGAUCUUUGUCACCAAGAAAACAAAUUCCGAAGAACUUGCCGCCAAUCUGAAAGAGAGAGGCUUCGAUCUUGUUCUCAUUCAUGGUGAUAUGCACCAAACCGAUCGAAACAAGGCAAUUAGUACUUUUAAGAAGCAAGAAGUUAACAUUAUGGUGGCAACCGAUGUAGCCGCUCGUGGAUUGGACAUUUCACAUGUUCGAACUGUGAUAAAUUAUGAUGUUGCCAGAGACAUUGAUACACACACUCAUCGUAUCGGUAGAACGGGUCGAGCGGGAGAUAAAACUGGAAUCGCAUAUACAUUGAUCACCGAGAAAGAUAAAGAUUUUGCUGGACCUUUGGUUCGUAAUUUAGAAGGAGCCAAUCAAUUUGUACCCAAAGAGCUAAUGGAUUUGGCGAUGCAAUCAAAUUGGUUUGCUAAAUCACGAUUCAAACAAGGGAAAGGGAAACGAGUUGAUUACAAUAAUUCAUUUCAACAACGAUCAAGACCCGGAUUAGGAUCAGAUAAACACUCACUUCCUUCAUCUUCCAUUGGUGAAAAAAGUUCAACCUCAUCAUCAUCAUCAUCAUUUGGUUAUAAUGAGAAAUUAGUUUCAUCAUCAACAAAUAAAUUUGAUCAAUCAAGUAGUAAUCGUGUUUCCGCAAUUAAGGCAGCAUUUAAAACUCAAUUUCAAUCUAAUUUUAAAUCUUCCAGUGAUUCAUUAUCAUCUGCAACAUCAACUGUAAAUUCAAGUGAUAAAUCAUCAACUAACCAAUUGUAUGAUUCAACUGAUCUUCAGCCUAGGAAAAAGUCGUUGGCAAUGAUUUAAAAAUCCAAUUAAAUUUAGUAAAUUAACCAAUAAGAUGGACUAAUCAAUUUUAGUUUAAAUCUGCGGUUAUCCAAAUCUAAACCUACUCAAGUUAAUCAGUUAAUUGUGACAAUUGUAAACAAUUAUAUUCUGUACGAUGUUAACCUAAUCUCUAAUUAAUCAUUUGCAAAUCUUUUGUUUCAUUGUAAAUUAAUUCCCAUUCAUCAUCAUCAUCAAACAAUAAUCAAAAACAAAUAUUGAUCACAACAAAAUAAUCAAA